CCGCCAUUUUCGAUGUUAUUCUCUUAGCCCAUACAGUGUUCCACCAAUUUUUAAUGCAUCGAUUUCUAUUAUUUUACUAAGUUUGGGUUAUUAAAUCCCCGGCUGCUCCAGUAUAGUGGAGACGGGAGCUUAUUUCCAAAGUUUUCCGAGGAAACCCCUUGUUUAGACCGCCAUGUACAUCAAACAGGUCAUCAUCCAGGGGUUCCGAAGUUACAGGGACCAAACUGUGGUGGACCCGUUUAGUCCAAAGCACAACGUCAUCGUUGGAAGAAAUGGGUCAGGAAAAAGUAACUUUUUCUACGCCAUCCAGUUUGUGCUCAGCGAUGAGUUCAGUCACCUGCGCCCUGAACAGCGCCUGGCUCUGCUCCAUGAGGGAACUGGUCCUCGUGUCAUUUCGGCUUUUGUGGAGAUUAUAUUUGACAACUCUGACAACAGGCUUCCGAUCGACAAGGAGGAAGUCUCCCUACGCCGCGUCAUUGGCGCAAAGAAGGACCAGUACUUCUUAGACAAGAAGAUGGUUACUAAGAAUGACGUCAUGAACCUUCUGGAGAGCGCUGGCUUCUCCCGCAGCAACCCGUACUACAUCGUCAAACAGGGAAAGAUCAACCAAAUGGCCACAGCGCCGGACUCGCAGCGCCUGAAGCUGCUGAGAGAGGUGGCCGGCACUCGGGUGUAUGAUGAGCGCAAAGAGGAGAGCAUUUCGCUCAUGAAGGAGACUGAGGGGAAGCGAGAGAAGAUCAAUGAGCUGUUGAAGUACAUUGAGGAGCGUCUCCACACCCUGGAGGAUGAGAAAGAGGAGCUGGCUCAGUAUCAGAAGUGGGACAAGAUGAGAAGAGCCCUGGAGUACACCAUCUACAACCAGGAGCUGAAUGAAACCCGCGCCAAACUGGAUGAGCUUUCCAGCAAGAGAGAGACCUGUGGAGACAAAUCCAGACAGCUGCGUGACGCUCAGCAAGAUGCCCGCGACAAAGUCGAGGAGACGGAGCGCGUUGUGCGAGAACUGAAGUCCAAGAUCUCCGCCAUGAAGGAGGAAAGGGAGCAGCUGUCGGCCGAGCGCCAGGAGCAGAUCAAGCAGCGGACCAAGCUUGAACUGAAGACCAAGGACCUGCAGGACGAGCUGGCAGGCAACAGCGAACAGAGGAAACGCCUGCUGAAGGAGCGGCAGAAGCUGCUGGAGAAAAUCGAGGAGAAACAAAAAGAGCUGCAGGAGACCGAACCAAAAUUUAACAUGGUGAAGGAGAAAGAGGAGCGGGGCAUAUCCAGACUGGCCCAGGCCACGCAGGAGAGGACCGACCUGUACGCCAAGCAGGGCCGCGGCAGCCAGUUCACCUCUAAAGAGGAGCGGGACAAGUGGAUUAAGAAGGAGUUGAAGUCUCUGGACCAGGCCAUCAACGACAAAAAGAGGCAGAUUGCAGCCAUCCACAAAGACCUGGAGGACACGGAGACCAGCAAGGAGAAGAACCUUGAGCAGUACAAUAAACUCGAUCAAGAUCUAAAUGAAGUGAAGACCCGCGUUGAGGAGCUGGACAAAAAGUAUUAUGAAGUGAAGAACAGGAAAGACGAGCUGCAGAGCGAAAGAAACUACCUGUGGCGGGAGGAGAACGCAGAGCAGCAGGCCCUGGCAGCCAAACGGGAGGACCUGGAGAAGAAACAGCAGCUCCUCCGAGCGGCCACCGGCAAGGCUAUUCUGAACGGAAUCGACAGCAUUAACAAAGUCCUGGAGCAUUUCCGUCGGAAGGGCAUCAACCAGCAUGUCAUCAACGGUUACCACGGCAUCGUCAUGAACAACUUUGAGUGUGAGCCUGCGUUCUACACCUGUGUGGAGGUGACCGCUGGCACCCGACUGUUCUAUCACAUUGUGGAGACUGACGAGGUCAGCACCAAAAUACUGAUGGAGUUCAACAAAAUGAACCUGCCUGGAGAAGUCACAUUCCUGCCACUGACCAAGCUUGACGUCAGGGACACCGCCUACCCAGAGACCAACGACGCCAUCCCCAUGAUCAGCAAGCUGCGGUACAGCAACACCUUCGACAAGGCCUUCAAGCACGUGUUUGGGAAGACUCUUAUAUGUCGCAGCAUGGAGGUUUCCACCCAGCUGGCCAGAGCUUUCACUAUGGACUGUAUAACUCUGGAGGGUGACCAGGUCAGCCACCGGGGAGCUCUGACAGGAGGCUACUACGACACCAGAAAGUCUCGCCUGGAGCUGCAGAAAGACAUGAGGAAGGCCGAGGAGGAGCUGGGGGAGCUGGAGGCCAAGCUCAACGAGAACCUGCGCCGGAACAUUGAACGCAUCAACAAUGAGAUCGACCAACUGAUGAACCAGAUGCAGCAGAUCGAGACACAGCAGAGGAAGUUUAAGGCAUCCAGAGACAGUAUUCUGUCUGAGAUGAAGAUGCUGAAGGAGAAGAGGCAGCAGUCAGAGAAAACCUUCAUGCCCAAGCAACGCAGUCUCCAGAGUCUGGAGGCCAGCCUGCACGCCAUGGAGUCCACUAGGGAGUCGCUGAAGGCCGAGCUCGGUACAGAUCUGCUCUCGCAGCUCAGCCUGGAGGACCAGAGGCGCGUCGACGACCUCAACGACGAGAUCCGUCAACUGCAGCAGGACAACAGACAGCUGCUGAAUGAGAGGAUUAAGCUGGAGGGCAUAAUGACCAGAGUGGAAACGUAUCUCAACGAGAAUUUGCGUAAGCGCCUCGACCAAGUGGAGCAGGAGCUGAAUGAGCUGCGAGAGACUGAGGGAGGCACAGUGCUCACAGCCACAACAUCGGAGCUGGACGGCAUCAACAAACGCGUCAAGGAUACUCUGGCGCGCUCAGACGAUCUGGACACUAUGGUUGACAAGACGGAGGUGGAGAUCAAGGACCACAUAAAGAGCAUGGAGCGCUGGAAGAACAUUGAGAAGGAGCAGAAUGACGCCAUCAACCAUGACACCAAGGAGCUGGAGAAGAUGACCAACAGGCAGGGCAUGCUGCUCAAGAAGAAGGAGGAGUGCAUGAAGAAGAUCAGGGAGCUCGGCUCGCUGCCUCAGGAGGCCUUUGAGAAGUACCAGACCCUCACACUCAAACAGUUGUUCCGUAAACUGGAGCAGUGCAACACGGAGCUGAAGAAGUACAGCCACGUCAACAAGAAAGCUCUGGACCAGUUCGUCAACUUCUCCGAGCAGAAAGAGAAGCUCAUCAAGCGCCAGGACGAGUUGGACCGCGGCCACAAGUCCAUCAUGGAGCUCAUGAACGUCCUGGAGCUGCGCAAGUACGAGGCCAUCCAGCUCACCUUCAAACAGGUGUCAAAGAACUUCAGUGAGGUUUUCCUGAAGCUGGUCCCGGGGGGCAAAGCCACUCUGGUGAUGAAGAAGGGCGACGCCGAAGGCAGCCAGUCCCAGGAUGAGGGAGAGGGAGGCGGAGACAGCGAGAGGGGCUCCGGUUCCCAGAGCAGCGUUCCCUCCGUGGACCAGUUCACUGGAGUUGGCAUACGGGUGUCGUUCACGGGGAAGCAGGGCGAGAUGAGGGAGAUGCAGCAGCUCUCCGGAGGCCAGAAGUCUCUGGUGGCUCUGGCCCUGAUCUUCGCCAUCCAGAAGUGUGACCCGGCUCCUUUCUACUUGUUUGAUGAGAUCGAUCAGGCCCUCGAUGCCCAGCACAGGAAGGCCGUCUCAGACAUGAUCGUGGAGCUCGCAGGCCACGCCCAGUUCAUCACCACCACCUUCAGGCCGGAGCUGCUGGAGUCCGCGGACAAGUUCUACGGUGUCAAAUUCAGAAACAAGGUGAGUCACAUUGAUGUGAUCACAGCGGAGCAGGCUAAAGACUUUGUGGAGGAUGACACCACCCAUGGUUAAUGGUUCUCAGCGCUUCCUCCUCCUCUACGGUGCACUGCGAAGCUUCAAACCUUCCACAACAGGCCCCGGAGACGGAAAUAUCUCACUCGGCCCCCCAGCCUUUUCCUUUUGUUCAUUUAGACUUUUGUAUUAGACGACAACUCCUGAGCUUCUAACGCCAUCGCCGAAAGUUGGAGUUAAAUUGGAAAUAGUGUUUGAAAUAACUCAUAUUUGAGGUUUACCAUUGGCAUCAUUCCAAGUCGAUAAAGCUAUUUGAGAAAUAUCCUUUUUGACAUUUGUUUUGGCACAUUUUCCCACAUUGCCAUGUCCCCCGCGCUGGAUCUGACAACUAACACAAGUGGGAUUGCUUUUACACUGAUAAAAGAUCCUCAUUUCCUCUAGAGAGGUCUGGAAGAGAGUGAAACAUUUUGUGCUGUUUAGUGUUUUUUUUGGCAAACCUGCAGUUUGGAGCCGAGUUUCGGUUGUCGUCAAUUUCGAAAGCGACGUGCCAGAGAUGUUAUGAGCGGUCUCAGACCUCCACGACCAUUUCAGGAAGCAAAUGGUCUUGUGUACAGUUGAGUUUUGUUAGGACUUAGAUUGUGAAAGCUCGGUGGAGAUGCUGAUCUCUUGGUAAAAGAGUCUUUGAUGCCCCGGAGGUUUCUGUAAUGUUAUACUCUUCAUACUCGUUGCUUAUUUGGCCUAACCAGCCACAUUGAGUCAAAUGUUUAAAGGUUGUGGUUCCUUUUCAUGGAUGUUUAAUUAUUAUUGUGUAAUUUUCUGGUUUUUUAGGUAAUAAAAGUAUAUGAAAGUUCUAAUUCCAUAACACUAGAUAUCCAUUAUGAAACCAGCACAGCUGUCUGAACUUCAUCAGUCGAUGUGUUGAAGUGAUUGACAGGUGGGAGAACACGUAUUUGGCUCCUGAAGUCACUGAAGUAGUGGUGGUGUUGUUCUUUAUUUCCUUUCUGGAUAUUUAGUUUGGAAUUAAACUUGUAUGUUGCACCUAGUUUUACACGCUUUCUAAAUGUUUUUGCUCAUUUUCAUGUAACAAGCAAACUUAUAAAAAUAAUAAAAUAUUUUAAAACAAA